AUGGCCCGCAUCCUAGUCCUCAGCUCGACAGGAAUCGUCGCAAUACCAAAAUCUUUCCAUAUAACUGUCGCAGUGCCUCCCAAGGUCGUUCUCUUGACUGUCCCUGAUAGUCUCGCGACCCGGUCGAUCCUGAUCACAUCACCAUUGUCCUCGUCUGUUACCGCAUUGACCGUUAACUAUGUUCUUGCUCCUGAGGGAGAUACCUUUCAAAAACCACCAUAACGGUAUCAGCAAUCUGGAAGGCGCUAGUUCAGUUCGACUUCGAUCUGGCGCUGGGCGGGACACAGUCGAUGGGCUAUGCAGUCCUUGCUCAGCAGAGUCACAGUGACAAAGGAAAAUAGAGAGAGAAUAGUUGAAGCCAAAGGGUGAAAAGGAAGAGGGGGGGAAGAGAGAAGAGAGACAGAAAGAUGGGAAGGGCAAUGUGCUUCCAGGGACCUAGGUUAUCAGGAGGAAUCAAACCCGUCAUUAGCGCAUACCACAGAGGCGUCUUUUGCA